GGUUGAUGAAGAGUUGAAGACGAAGAGAUGUUUUGGGCCCAAUGGGUUUUAUAAUUAAGCCCACCAUGAGAUCCAGAAGACAGGUGAAAGUCAAAGUCAAAGUAAUCAACCAAACCACAGAAGCACCUGAACCAUAUAACCCAGAAGGUUCUCAGUUCUCACUGACAACUCCAUUGACGAACCACUCCAUUUCCAUUGACUUCUUUGCAAAUCAGACUCCUACAUAAACCCCUUAGCUCAAAGACAGUAUCAACCCAUAAACACCAAUGGAUCCUACCGUUCAACCAUCCCGAACAAAGCCUCUUACAGCUUUCAAGAUGGGUUUAGCCUCCGCAAGCUUCCGUUUGGUUAGCCUUGCUUCUCGUUCGAAGAGGAAAUUGCGUCGUUGGACUGCAUGUUAUGGCUCUGGAAAUUACGAACCUGUUAUACAUCUCCAAAACGACAUGACUAUGAACAAUGGUGGUAUUUAUGAGCCAUAUGACGGUGAACCGAGCAUGCUCUUGAGUGGGGAUCAGAGACGAGCUCCGUUGUGGCAGAAGAACAUUCUCAUGGGAGGCAAAUGCCAGCUUCCAGAUUUCUCCGGUGUUAUAUUGUAUGAUGCUGAUGGCCAAGUUGUUCCUCCGGCCAAGAACUCUCUUCCUUUGCUCACCUGGAAGUGAACAAGAAAGGCUAAAACCUACUUAUUAUUUGUUUGUAUGCUUCAAUUUCUUGGAAUGUAAUGCAUUGUGUAUGGCUCUAUGAUUUUCUAUAUAAAAAAGAAAUAUGAAUGAUAUGAAGCUCUUGCUCAAGACAUUCAUAGUAUAACAUAUAAUA